AUAUUUGACAUGGCUAGCAACACCAGCAAUUUUGAGAAUGGCUGCAGUGCUAAUAAUAUGGAAUUUCAGUACUACCUCUAUGCGACUACCUACAUCCUCAUCUUCAUUCCUGGUCUUCUGGCCAACAGUGCAGCCUUGUGGAUUCUAUGCCGCUUCAGCAACAAGAAAAAUAAAGCCAUCAUAUUCAUGGUCAACCUCUCUAUAGCUGAUCUUGCUCAUGUAUUAUCCUUACCCUUCAGGAUUUACUACUAUCUCAAUCGCCACUGGCCAUUCCAGAAGGCUCUUUGUCUGCUGUGCUUCUACCUGAAGUAUCUCAACAUGUACGCCAGCAUUUGCUUCCUGACAUGCAUCAGUCUUCAGAGGUGUUUCUUUGUCCUGAAGCCCUUGAGAGCUAGAAUCUGGAAGCGGAAGUAUGAUGUGGGCAUCAGUGCUGCCAUCUGGGUCAUUGUGGGUACUGCCUGCUUACCAUUUCCUAUCCUAAGAAGCAAUUCGUCCAACACAUCAUUAGCCACCAAUGAGUCCUGCUUUGCUGAUCUUGGUUACAAGCAAAUGAAUAAUGUGAUUUUGACUCUGAUGAUUACCUUUGCUGAGCUGGCAGGAUUUGUAAUUCCAGUAGUUACCAUAGCAUGGUGUACCUGGAAAACUAUAAUAUCACUGAAGCAGCCAGCAAUGGCUUUCCAAGGAAUCGGUGAGAGACAAAAGGCAUUGCGUAUGGUUUUCAUGUGUGCUGCAGUCUUUUUCAUUUGUUUCACACCCUAUCAUAUAAACUUUAUUUUUUACACCAUGGUAAAGGAAGGGAAACUUAAAACUUGUUCAAUCGUCACAAGCACUGUGUAUUUUCACCCAUUUUCUCUAUGCCUUGCAAGCCUCUGCUGCCUUUUGGAUCCUUUUAUCUAUUACUUUAUGGCAUCAGAGUUUCGUGAUCAAAUAUCCCUCCAGGGCAGCUCUGUGAUCCGUUCCCGCCUCAUGAGCAAGGAGAGUGGCUCGUCAAUGAUUGGCUAA